AUGUCUUCAGCAGAAGAGCCCGAUGUUGUGGUGGCGUUGGACCCAGAAGGAACGGUUGUACUCGGGCUGUGGUACAAGCACGCAGAGCCUACGCGGUGGCUGCUGCUGCGGGCCAUUCCUGUUGAUGUGACGGUACCGCAGGUGUUGCAGUGCCUCGAGUUCAGGAGCCCACCGCAGCCCACUGGCCGUGGUAGCUCCAACGACAGUAUGUGCAAAGACCCGAAGCGCUUUGGCGAUGAAGGCUGUCUCCGUGCCGCGCGUGUGGGCUAUGUUCCGGGUGAGAAGAGAGCCUACUGCCUGCUGCUGCAGUUCACCGUCCCCAUUGACGCGGAACAAAUCAAGAAACAUUUUUCAAAGACGAAACUAACAAAAGGCGCGGCCACCGUGACGAGGGCCGUGCGGGCCUCUGCCCGGAUGUUGCCAGCGCUGCAUGUGACCCAAUGUGCCGGCAGCGGCGAGGGCCCCGGUCGCGUAGGUGAGGAGGUGGAUUUGGAGGCGCUCUGCAGCGUUUCGAGGAGUCUUGUGGCGGGGGAAAUGAGUGGAAGUCGUACGCGCCGUGGUGUAGAAUGGACCAGUAACGGCAAUACCAGCAACAGAAACAGCCCUGUUGCGACAAUGGGGGACCCCUGCACCAUCUGCCUCGAGGAGAUCACCUCGGGCAAGCCAUGUAUCGUGACUUUGUGCAACCACGUGUUUCACCUGACAUGCUACGGCAGAUACCUGGAGGAUGUCUGCCCGCUGUGCCGCUUUUCGAUGGCGUCACUGGAGUCAAAGUGUAACGCGUGCGGCACGUACACGGACCUGUGGACCUGCCUGGUGUGCGGCUGGGUGGGCUGUGGUCAGGGGCACCGUUGUGACCACCUGCGCCACUACGAAAGCACCGGGCACUCAUGCGCAAUGCAGAGCACCACUUGCCGCAUAUGGAACCACCGUGCCAAGACGUUCCUGCACCACCAGCUGGCGAUAGAGCUCGGGCACGAAGACGACGCGAAGGCGGCUCGUGCAGCAGCAGCAGAUGCGUCGACCUCGCACUGCUUCCGCAAGGACGGUGAUGAUGGCGGUGGUGGUGUGACGGCCUCGACGUACUGGCGCAGCCGUUGGUGGUGGGAUGAGAAGGACGAGGAGGCCGCACUUGACCUGAACGGCGAGUACGUACGUGAGUACUACCUGAAGGUGAUGCGGCAGCUCAUGGAGGAGCAGAUUGAGUAUUUUGAGCGGCGCACCGGUUUGGAGGCGGAGUCGUCCCCUCCACGUGUGGCGGCGUGGAGGAAGCUGAGCAUCGCCGAGCAAAGGCAGCGCCGGCGCGUUGUGUCGGAGUACGUGGCCGGCACGCGCCAAAUCGUGCUACAUGAACAAAUGCUAUUCAAUCGGUUCGUGAAGAAGGAGGCGAUACGAAAUGAGAACUUGCGUGAUGAGUUGCUGUUGCAGUCACACAGCACGCAAAACCUAAACAAUCGAAUUGCCAAUGCACGGGCGAACAUCGACAAAGCCAAGCAGCGUGGUGCACAACAGGUAGCGGCAAAAGAGAACGAGCUCAAAAACCUACAAGAGAAGCUCGCAAAUCUGAUGAACUCCCUGGAUUAA